CGACUGCUCAGCUGCCGCCGAAUUUAAAGAGACAGGCAAUAGUUGUUAAAAUCAUAUUCCGCAACUGUUCUAGUAAAUCUUCGGGUUUUUUUCCUUUCUCGGAAUACGCCUCGUUACUUAUCCGGUCGAUGCGCACGCUUGGACUUGAUUCAGUUUGACCCCAGAGGGCCGUCGUGGUGCUACUUGCAAAGGUUUUUCUUUUUGUGGGCUGUUGGCAGUACCGCUAGCUGCUCUCUGCUAGCAGGACCACAAACGCGGGGAGGACGACUGGCUGUGCUGGCCGGCGGAGUGUUCUGCCUGCUCGAAGUGUUGUGCGCUUCCUUGGGGGGGGGAAAUACGGAGGGAGUAAAUCAUUGAGUUGUGGCUUGGUAGCUGUUGGGAUCAAUGGCGAAGAUUCAGGCGCACAGCACCACGAAGCAGAUCAACCAAGUCCAAGACAAGGCCUACAGUGUUCAGAAACAGCAGCAGCACUUUCAGAAACUGAAGGUAGAAGAUGCCUUAUCAUAUCUGGAUCAAGUUAAAAUACGCUUCGCAAAUGAUCCCGGAAUAUACAAUAAAUUUCUUGACAUAAUGAAAGAAUUUAAGUCUCAAAGUAUUGACACACCAGGCGUAAUAAACCGCGUGUCCCAGUUAUUCCAUGGACAUCCAGACCUUGUUUUGGGGUUUAACGCCUUUUUGCCACCAGGCUAUCGAAUUGAAAUUCCCAAGAAUGGGAUGGCAUUUCUUCAGUCCUCCUUCACUGCCCAGGUGUCACCAGGAAAAGGCAAGAACAGCGUGAGUUCUGUAGCCAGCCAGUCUUCAUCCUCGGCAGUGGCGGAGCUGAGCUCGGCUCAGAGCGAACCUGUCGCGUCACCUCAAAGUGUCUCCUCCUCAGGACCACCAGAACCUACCAGCAGGCUGGCCCUGCCCCUGCCCAGCCAAUCACAGGCUGCCACAUCAUCUGUGUCUCCACCCUCAGAACCUAGCCCUGUGGAGUUUGACAGUGCCAUCAGUUAUGUGAACAAGAUCAAAAGCCGUUUUCUGGACCACCCUGAGAUCUACAGGUCUUUCCUGGAGAUACUGCACACAUAUCAGAAGGAGCAGCUUGACCUGAAGGAGAACAGGAGUCGCAGUAGUGCGGGCAUGACUGAAGACGAGGUUUUCUCCAAAGUGGCCAGUCUGUUCAGAGGCCAGGAGGAUCUGCUUGCUGAGUUUGGACAAUUCCUGCCUGAUGCCAAGCGAUCUCUGUUCACCGGAGGCUCACUGACUGGAAAGGAGCAUGUUAAAAAGAUGGAGGAGGAGGAGCUAAGCAAACAGAGCAAAAAGAGGCCCCGCCCUGUCCUCCUGCCUCACAUGACCCCGCUGCUCAAGAAGAAAAUGAAGUUUUCGUGCUCCAAAGACCAGUCGUUUGCUGCCGUUGGGAAACAUGGAGUUCUUCGUGAGUUCACUUUCUUUGACAAGGUUCGUCGUCUCUUUAAGAGCCAGGAGGUGUAUGAAAACUUUCUCCGGUGCAUUGCCCUCUUUAACCAGGAGGUGGUGUCAGGAGCAGAGCUCCUACAGCUGGUCACUCCAUUCCUAGGGAAGUUUCCGGAACUCUACACCCAGUUUAAGUCCUUUCUUGGGGAGAAGGAGCUCUCCCACUCUGUGUCGGGCCUCUCUGACCGCUACAUGGAGGCGGGGGGCAGGGAGGUGGACUAUGCCUCGUGUAAAAGGCUGGGCUCCAGCUACAGAGCCCUACCCAAGACCUACCAGCAGCCCAAAUGCAGUGGACGCACUGCCCUCUGCAAAGAGGUACUGAAUGACACCUGGGUGUCAUUUCCAUCCUGGUCAGAAGAUUCCACCUUUGUGAGCUCCAAGAAAACACCUUACGAGGAACAGCUCCACCGCUGUGAGGAUGAGAGGUUUGAGUUGGAUGUUGUAUUGGAGACCAACUUGGCAACCAUCAGAGUUUUGGAGAGCGUUCAGAAAAAGCUCUCACGCCUUUCACCAGAGGACCAAGACCGCUUCCGAUUGGAUGACUGCCUCGGUGGCACCUCUGAGGUCAUCCAGCGACGUGCUGUGUAUCGUAUCUAUGGUGACAAAGCUCCUGAGAUUAUUGAGGGGCUAAAGAGAAACCCUGCUACUGCAGUUCCGGUUGUACUGAAGAGGUUGAAGGCGAAAGAGGAGGAGUGGCGAGAAGCACAGCAGGGUUUUAAUAAGAUCUGGCGUGAGCAAUAUGAGAAGGCUUACCUCAAGUCCCUCGACCACCAAGGAGUUAAUUUCAAACAGAAUGACAUGAAGGCCCUGCGCUCCAAGAGUCUCCUCAACGAGAUCGAGAGCAUCUAUGACGAGCGCCAGGAGCAGAGUACGGAGGAAGGAGGAGUCGGACAGCAGGGCCGUGAGGGGGGCGGAGCCAUCAGUGAGCCCCACCUGGUCUUCACCUAUGAGGACAAACAGAUCCUGGAGGACGCAGCCUCCCUCAUCAUCUACCAUGUGAAACGCCAGCCCACCAUCCACAAAGAGGACAAGGACCACAUCAAACGCCUCGUCCAGCACUUCGUUCCUGACCUCUUCUUCUCCCGCCGGGGGGAGCUGAGCGAGACGGAGGAGUGGACAGACGAGGAGGCCGACAUGGAGGAGGGGGGCGGCACGGCAGGUGGGACAGUGGAGCCGGCCUCAGCAGUGGGGAGCCUGGGAACGGCAGGGGCGGCAGGUGGCCAGCUGAACGGAGAGGUCAGGAGGAGGCGCUGCGCGUCCCCGCCCGGCAUGGAGGCCCCCACCGCUCCGCCCACGCAGAAGGAGCAGGAGCCGCCGGGCGGGGCCGAGCUCCAGACCCACGUGGACGGCGUCUACAACCUGUUCUUUGUGAACAACAACUGGUACUUCUUUCUGCGGCUGCACCAGACUCUGUGUGCGCGGCUGCUGCGCGUCUAUCGGCAGGCCGAACGGCAGCUACUGGAGCACCGCGCAGAGCGCAACGCUGAGCGCCACCUGGUGGCUGAGGGCCGCAGAGACAAGGCCACGGACCUGGCAAUGGAGUUACGACUUAAACAGCCCAGUGAGGUGGAGUUGGAAGAAUACUACCCAGCGUUUCUGGACAUGGUCCGCAGUCUCCUGGACGGGAAUCUGGAGUCUACCCAGUUUGAGGAUACCCUGCGUGAGAUGUUCACCAUCCACGCCUACAUUGGCUUCACCAUCGACAAGCUCAUUCAGAACAUCGUACGGCAGCUGCAGCACCUGGUCAGUGAUGAGGUGUGUCUACAAGUGGUGGAGCUGUACACGGCGGAGCAGAAGCGCGGGGCGGCGGGUGGGAACCUGUCCUCCCAGUGUGUGCGUGCGGCCUGGGAGACCAGCUACCAGUGGAAGGCGGAGCGGAUCAUGACCGAGGAGAACUGCUUCAAGGUCAUGUUUAUCCAGAAUAAAGGCCAGGUCACUCUGACCAUCGAGCUGCUAGACACCGAGGAAGCCCAGGCAGAUGAACCACUGGAUGUGCAGUGCCUGUCUAACUACAUGGAGCAGUUUGUUGGGACUGAGGCAUCCUCGUGUACACAGGCUGAUGGCUAUUACUUCAAACCUGUGUUCCUACCCAGGAACCUGAGACAUUUCCGGCGGUGGCAGUUGAGGCAGGUGGAGGCUCUGCGCUGCCGUAGAGAGUGGCGUGGUCAGCUGGGUGUGGAAAGUGCCGGAAGCCUCGACUGCCGUUUCAAACUCAACACCCACAAAAUGGUGUUUGUGAUGAACUCUGAGGACUACAUGUACCGACGGGGUGCUCUGCUAAAGGCACGCAAGUCCCAGUUGCGGGUUGCGAGGUUACAGCAUAAGCGCUUUGCGGAGUUCCACGGCUCCUGGCAGGCGCAGCACGUCUCUGCGGCGGCAGAGCGCUCCGUGCAGGCCUGGCUCCUCGGAGACGACCAUGACGACAUGCUGCCUUGCAAAACCACCUGUCUGUCCACACAGGUCAAAGGUCAACCUGUCAACCGCUACCAGGUGCACUACAGCAGCAAGGUUCCAGCUUCGCCGUAACCCCGCCCUUCUGAACUCGGCCCGCCCCCUGAACAUUCUGUCGCACUUUCUCCCUUUCUUUCGCCGCACUCAUCUGUCUGUCCCCACCCCCUGCCCCCACCCCCCGUGUGAGACAGUCAGCACAGAAGAAUACAGCAGCGGUGUGGAGAGGACAUGACGACGGAAACAGCGCCGCCGUUCCUGCUGAGGGCUACGACCAUGCAAUCAGAGCAAAACGAGAAUGUUGAACUUUUUAAAUCAACGACCAGUGUAGUUUUUAGCAUAUGAAACCAGAAGGUCCUUUUGUGAGUGUGAGAGUGUGAGGAAUGGAUCAUGUGUGUCUUAGGAACUGUGGGAUUUCCUUGGGCAUGUGUACAGCGUUUGCAGAGACCGUAUGUAGUCUGUACUUCCUUACGAUUGAUUGAUGUGACAUUGAUUGAGAAUUAUGUUGGUGUUUGCUGGCAGCCGAUUCCUAAUGUCAAGACUUCAGUCGCUUCUUGUUUGUUUGUUUGUUUGUUUGUUUGUUUGUUUGUUUGUUUUUCUUCUGGAGUGCCAGAGGCAGCUUUGCACACUUGCCAGACUGAGUCGUUUUGUUAGUUUUUGUUAAAUGUCUGAAUCAUGUAUCAUAUCGAUGAUUUCGCCAAAUCUUUGCUUAUGUUUGGUGUAAUUUUUACAUAUUAAAACAGAGAAUGAUGAAAUAUCAGUGUUUUGAAAAGAAUGUAUAACAUUUAUCCUGUAUCAGUUACAUUAAAAUAAACAGCCUAGUUGUGCAGUUA